AUGCAACAACCUGUACACCAGCAGCCAGCGCCGCAACCUGGGCAGGUGAAGAAUAGGCGGAAGAAGAAGACUGCUGUGCCUCAGGGGCAGCCGGCGCCUCCUGGAGGGCAGCAGCCGCCACCCAUGGGGCAGGUUGUUCCGCCCCUUAGACAGUUGGUGCCAGGCACAGUUGGCCAGCAAGCUCCGAUGGUGAAUUCUGUUGCUCCUCUAGCCACCGUGCAGCCUAUGGUCCCUGAUACUGUUGCACCAGUGGCAAAGCAGAAGAAGGCGGGAAGAUGUUGGAAAUGUGCUGUUAAUACUCAUGCAACUAAAGAUUCUUUAGUGCAGGUGUCAUGGGAAGGGGCUAUCUCUGCAGCUGAUGUUCAGAGUCUGAUGGCCCGUAUGUGUCCAGGGAACCCAGCGUGGAGAUGGGAGGCGGUGCCCCAUGGGGCUAAUGCUUUUCUUAUUGGUAUUCCUACAGCUGAUGACUUGUCCCGGAUUGAUGGUAUGCAGAUGAGUGUGCCCAAGACGGUUUCAGUGGUGCCGCCGACGUCGGGGGAGCAGCAGCCCGUUGCGUCUUCGCUGCAUGCGCAGCUGACCGUGGGGUCUCCUCGCGCGCCGGGGUCGACCGAGGAGCGGUCGGCACCGCUGACCCACCGGGCCGAGCCGCAGCCGACCACGGCACCGCCGCUGCAGCCUGUUGGGGGGCCCGCGCUGCCGGUGCAGCAGGGCGCCACGACGUUAUCUUCGCCAGGGCAGGCGGUCUCGGAGGCCGCCACGCAGGGGGGCCGGGUGGAGGUGCUGCCCGAAUCUUCUCCGCCUCUGACGCGUCCGAGUGUCGCAGUGGUGGAGGAGAUGCGGGACCUUGAGCAGCGGACUCCGAGGACCACGCCUACUACGGCGGUUAGGUCUUCCGAGUCUGCGGUUCCGCCGGCUUCCUCGUCGCCAUCGUCUGCUCCGCCGUCUACCUCCACGCCGCCGGCCAAGGCGGGAGAGAUACAGGGGGCUUCUUCACCCGCUACCCCUGUAUCGGCGGCUCCUACAUCACCAGCUGGUUCUCCGCCGCGCUCGCCCACUUCUUCGCCAGCCUCCUUGCAGUAG